AUGCUAGAAAAGAAGGAUUUUCUGUUCGUCUUGACAAAAUUAUACGGCAAAAAGGAACUAAUACCGUUAAAAAACGUACAAUUGUAUGCUCAAAAGCACGUACUACUUCUACUAGGAAAGAGACUGAGGGUAAACGUAAAAGAGUAUCGCAAACGACUAAUUGUUUAUUCCGAGUUCGAACAUCUUAUGAUUCAAUCAACAACAGGUCUUUGGCAUACACUAGACAUUAGACUCGAACACAAUCACCAAAUGGUAUUACCAGAACAACGUCGUCGGUUUAUGGCAAGUGAACGAGAACUUCUUGAGGAUGUUAAAGCAGAGAUUAUUUUACCCAAACGAUCGGAUCUCAAAUUCGUUCCGUGCGAACAACAAAAUUCACUAACCGUGUUACUUGGAUCUAUAACGAUUUAUACAACUUUUUACAUAAUUCGGAAAGUCAAAGCAACAGAGACUUUGAUGCUCAGGAGUUUAUUGAUACACUGA